AUGCCGCAACUAUCAGAGGGGAUCUACGCCAGAUCCGUUGCACCAUCAAGUCGAGCAGUGGAACUUAUUAUCGUUUCGUCCAUCUUCACGGCGCUGGCUAUACUCUUUUGUGGAAUGCGAUUAUACACUCGGAGGGUACUCCUCAAGACAGUGGGGGUGGACGAUUGGAUUGUUACGAUAGCAACGAUCCUCAGUUUCCUCCAAAGCAUUGUUAAUACCCUCGCCACGAGAUAUGGUCUUGGAUACCGGGACAACGCCUUCCCUCCGAGCUAUUCACCGACCUCAAUAGGCAAAAUCCAAUAUACUUUUUACGCCAUUAACUUAUCGACGCUCGGCCUUUGCCGGAUUUCCAUGCUCGUGACAUACCUGAAAUUGAACAUCGCUUGGAGUCGAAGGUUCGCUCAAGGCUUGAUCGGCUUUAAUGUUCUCCUUUCACUCGCUGCACUUGGCAUCUCUCUGUUUCGAUGUCGUCCUAUGCACAACGCGUGGGAUUUGACGAAAGAGAAUGCGGCAGGGUGCAUGCCAAACUUCAGUGGCUUUCAGAUUGGUCUGCUUGCAUCAAACGCAGUUCAGGAAGUCAUAAUCAUCGUGCUUCCGAUCCCAGUUAUCUGGUCGAUCCACCGACUCAAAGCGCAGAGGAUUGUAAUCAUCCUCCUGUUUAGUUGUGGAAUCUUCACUUUGGCAGCAAGUGUUGCCCGCCUUAUAGUAGCAAUAUUAGCAAAUGACGUGGAGGUAAACUACCUGCGUGAGUCCCUCCAGGCACCUCAUCUGAGUUAUGGAUCACACACUAACUAG